AUGAGAACUGCAAAUUCUUUGCCUAGUGUUGUCUCAUUUAAUACCAUAAUUGAUGGAAUUCUAAAUGCUGGAGAUGUUAACUCUGCUAAAGAGUUGCUAGAGGACAUGUUCAAAUUGGGUUUAACUCCUGAUAAAGUUACCUUUUCUACAUUAGUAAACCGGUUUGCAAAACUUGGGCUUUUGGAUGAGGCUAGAAUGUGUGUUGAGAAGAUGAUUGCUCGUGGUAUUGAACCUGAUGUCUUUGUGUUUGAUUCUUUAUUAAAGGGCUAUAUUUCAAAUGGUGAAACAGAAGAAAUUGUUAAUUUGCUUCAUCAGAUGGCAGACAAGGGUGUUAAUCUUGACAAAGAAAUAACUUCUACCAUCUUGGUGUGCCUCUGUCAAAUCUCUGAUAAUGUAGAUGUGAUGGAGGUUCUCCCAAAUUUUUCCAGAGAGACAUCAAAUGGAAUAAGCAUUACCUGCAAUGAGCUGUUGAUGAAAGUCAAUAAAUCUUACCCAGAACUUAAGUUAUGUGCUGCUUGA